CGCCGCCCGGAGCCGGUGCGGCUGUGAGGGGCCGUGUGUCGCCGUCGCGGGCCGGCCGGGCAUGGUGUUGGGUGCCGGGCCCGCCUCGCCUGUCUCGGGGUGCCCAGGGUAAAGGUAGCAGUAAUGCUGACGUUGGCAAGUAAACUAAAGCGGGAGGACGGUCUCAAAGGGUCCCGGAUGUCAGCCACGGCCUCCGACUCCACUCGGAGGGUAUCUGUGAGAGACAGGCUGCUUGUUAAAGAAGUUGCGGAGCUUGAAGCUAAUUUACCAUGUACAUGUAAGGUGCAUUUUCCUGAUCCAAACAAGCUUCAUUGCUUUCAGCUAACUGUAACCCCAGAUGAGGGUUACUACCAGGGUGGAAAAUUUCAGUUUGAAACUGAAGUUCCUGAUGCGUACAACAUGGUGCCUCCCAAAGUGAAAUGCCUGACGAGGAUCUGGCACCCCAACAUCACAGAGACAGGCGAAAUAUGUCUAAGUUUACUGAGAGAACAUUCGAUUGACGGCACCGGCUGGGCUCCCACAAGGACAUUAAAGGAUGUUGUUUGGGGAUUAAACUCUUUGUUUACUGAUCUUUUGAAUUUUGAUGAUCCGCUGAAUAUUGAAGCUGCAGAACAUCAUUUGAGGGACAAGGAGGACUUCCGGAAUAAAGUGGAAGACUACAUUAAGCGUUAUGCCAGAUGAUAGGAGGAGGAGACGGUGGGGCUGCGGACUGUGUGUUGUAGGCUUGUCUCCAACCUCAACCAAGAGGGAGCCCCCCUCCCCAGUCCUCGCUCCCCUCAGACCCACAGGGUCAUCCACAUCCUGUGACCAUGCUGUCCCGAGGAAGAACCUCUUCACGGCUGCCCAUUGUAGAUGGAGAGUCCCACAUAAAUACAGCAAGAAAAUGUGUUUGGGGUUCUAAAGAGUUGUCUGCUUCCCUUAACAUGUUUACUUUUUGGAAACUGUACUGUAUAGGCUAUUGAUGAGAUUCCUGAGAAGUUGUAAUGAACUCAGAAUUGAGGCUAGCGCUUGCUUCUUCCCCUUUUCCCAAACAAAAUCCUUCCCCGCACAAGUGAUGCUGAUGAUGUGCUCAGUGUAGCUCGCAGAGGAGCGAUAAGAAACCCGCUACAUACUGUGAUUGGAUGCCAAUUCUCUUAUCUCCUCACACGGAUGUUGGCCCUGCCUAGAUGUCGUGAAGCUUCCCAGAAUGCGUAGUCAUUCACUGUAGAUCUCUUACUGAAAUGCGUAUUUUAUUUAAUGUAAGUAUAUUUUGGAACAGAUUUGUAAUUUGUACAAUUUAAUGCUUUAAUUAUUUUUUUCUAUUCUCAUUUAGUUUGUAUUUUCAUUGUAUAGAGCAGACAGAAAGAUGUUGGGUCAAGCAACUAUUGAAGAGAAAUACAAAGAAAACAUGAAAGACACAUUAUUCCUUCUGUCCAAAUGAAACAAGAAUUUGGCUUUUAAAAAAAUCAGCUCUUGAUUUUGGGUCCAGAUGGGGCAAGGAAGUUUUGGAACCCUUAAGCUAGAUCUGGAUGAUUUUUGAAAAAGAAAAAGGAAAGAAAAAAGGCAGGGAACCCUUUCUCACAUACUGCCCAGAGGAAACUGGCUGAUGCCCAGAGCAGCCGGGGGCUUGGUGUUUCCACAGCAGUCUUGUGGUUGUGAGCCAGUGGGCAGUGCCAGAGAGCCAGACCCUCGUGUCCU